ACGUCAUAACUAUGCGACAGCUAAAAUGCGUAGCAGCAGUGGUGCGUAUUUGAGGUGAGGUAGAAAAAUAUGCUGUUGUUUAACAAUAUCCCGACGUUAUUAACACUUUUUUGAGGAAAAACUUACAAGAAACAGCGUGGUUCAAUGUAUGACGAAUGUUAUGUAGUUAAUUUGAUUUAAAAGCGUAUUUUCUGAAUAACUGUCAACCUUUUGUCUGGAAAAGAAGCUAACGUUAGCGUGUUAGCAAGUUGAACUAGGCGGUAGCUAACUACUGUUAGCUUCCUUAGCAAACAAAGGACUUCAUUAUGAUGCGUUUUAUUAUGUAGGUGUAGCUUGUUAGAAUUGUUAUAGCUAUCUACACAGUUACGACAAUGAGUAUGACAAUGGAGGCCAGUGUUUCUUUUCUCAAAUAUGAACUUGCAUCGACCAUAGAACAGGCAGUGAGGUGUGCAGUUGAAACCGUUUUAAAAGAAACUGCCAGAGUAGUCAGUAUAAAACUGGCCGCAGUGCGGAGUGCUGCUGCUGAGUCUCAUCGUGAGAACCAGAGUUUGAGAGAGAGACUUGAGGUAUCGGAGGGGGAACUCAAAGCUGUACGGUACUACAUGACAGCAGCUGAGAAGAACAUCAAACAGUGUUUACUUCUUAAUCACAACCAGUCUAGAUCAGGUGCUUUAGGUCCGGUUUCGGAUGAGUCUCUUUUCCUCUUCCCCUCUACUGAGUCGGGGAGUCCUUCCAACAUGCUGAACAGGGGAACAAGCCGGGUCCCCAAGACAUUUCGGUCCUCAUCCACACGAUCCCAGUUUUCGAAGUCUCUUCCCAGUGUAGGUCUUUGCUUACCAACAGUGCAGCAUGAGUGGCCUAGGAGCAGCUCAAGCUUGAGAAGAAUACGGGCAUCCUCCUCCACUGCCUCUUCCUCCAAUCCCUCACAAACAUCCAAAACACCACAAUUAGAGGUUGGAAACUCACCUCAACACAAUGAAGAGGAUACAGAGGGACAGUUCUACAUCACAGACGAUGGAGUUGCAGAGAAAGAGUACAAAGUCAGUGCAAGUGGUGGAGAGGACUCAGGAAGAAUUCAACCCGAGCAGAAGAUGGAAAAGGUGGAAGCAGAGGUUCCUUACAAAACCUCUGAUAUGAGCAACUUUGAGUUUGAGAUGGGUCAGGGUCAUCCAGCAGGCAAUGUGAAUGACCUGGGCCUGAUUCAAGUGCUGGAUGAGGUGGAGGAAGUCAAAGGAACAGUUAAAAUCGAAAAUGACCCUGAAUUCGCUAUGCCAGAGACUCACCUUUCUGAAUCAUCACAACAACUGCAGCCGAUGCCAGCUCACUUUGAUAACAACGAUGGCGACUUCAUGAGUUUCGUCCCGCCCUCUGUGGCAGACACUGGUGUCAUCGAAGCUCCUUCUGAAGUCAGAAGGGAGAGCUCAGAUAAGGUGCAUCGCUGCAACGUGUGUGGCCGGGGCUUCCGGCGAUUCUACUGUCUGAAGACGCACCAGCGCAUUCACACGGGCGAGCGGCCAUAUCCCUGCAGGUACUGCGAGAAGCGUUUCCGCCACCUGGACAGUCUGCAUAAGCACCAGCGCAUCCACACUGGGGAGAGGCCCUAUCGCUGCGCCCAGUGUGGCUGUUGUUUCAGGGAACUGGGCCAGCUCAAGAAGCACCGGCUGACCCAUUCUCCAGCCUCCACCACAGCGCAUCCAGCUCUGUCUCUACUUCCAGCAGGCCCCUCCUACACAUGGCCACACCAAUCACAGUCCCUGGAUUCCUAAUCAGGGUGGAUCUGGUACACAAUAGACAUCCUUACACACGUGUAGUGAACGGGAUUUGAUGGUUCUAAUGUAGAUUCAGUUUAAAUGAACGGGAUUUGAUGGUACUAAUGUAGAUUCAGUUUUUUAAGUUAAUCCUAGUCAAAAUAAUCUUUUUUAAUUGACAGUGUUCACCAAAGCUGAUUAUGUAUGGAAUCAUAUUUCUGUUUUGCUUGUUCACACUUUUUCACUGGUGUUAAGGGUGCUCAUUGUGUUGUCACAGUUGUGAAAGUUGUAAUGUCAUCCUUAAUGUGUUUUCCUGUAGGCUAGUGUAUAUUAUAAAUGCAGUCUGUAUUUUCUAUGAAUAUUUUUGUGUUAACCUUCAAAUGCAUCUUGUUACUGAAUGCUUAUGUAUUUGAUGUUUUAAAUAUUUAAUCACUUUUUUUUUUUUCUCCACCAUGACCACUAUAAGGCUAGGUAGUUUGAUGACACCAUGUUUAUAAGGAGUAAAGAGCAGGUUUGGGCAGAAACAAACAUUUAAUCAGGCCUGCAGUAGGUUUGAGUAUGAAGUAAAAAUAGGUGAAUGACAAAAAAAACAAUCAUGCUGUUAAAUUACUAACAUUUAAAGUAUGUACAAUCUUUAGGGACCUAUACAUGUUUUAUUAACUGCAUUUCUGGCCCAUAAAUAAAGGUUUGUUACAAUAGAAAGAUGUGGCCAUCUCUUGAAUUUUAAAAUCAGGAUGUGACCUUUGAGACAAAAAUUGUAUCCACACCUGUUCGACAGUGUGCCCAUAAAAUUGUACCUUGCCAUAAGAUGGAAGCAUUUGUGACCUUUUGUCCUGAGUUUGAACUUGAGUUCAGUCUUGCGUUUUAGUAUACACCUCAGGUGUUCAGAAACCACCUGGACCGUCGUUUCAAAAAAAUAAUCUAUGUACAGCAACAACAAAAAGAAAAGUUUAUGUACAGAAUGUUUUAGUUUUUUUGCUAUCACCUGCACACAAUUAUCAAAAGUUUAAACCAUUAUUAACUCUUCACAGGGAAGUGAAAACAUGUAAUUAAAGUAGGUCUUCUGUUAUUCAUCUUUUUAUAUUUAACGAUUAUCCUUGUCAUUUUCAACCAAAGUGCAUCGCUUUUGUAUGUUUUUG